GUGGGAGAGCCGCCGUCACACCUUUAUCUGUAGCCUUCCCCCAGGUCUUAAGGAUCCUGAAACCUUACCGCGGACGGUGGAUUGGGUGCAACAGCAGCCGCGACUGUGGGAAAGAGCAGCAAGAUGCCACGGCACACGGACUAUAGACCCACGCGUAUCCUGCAAGAUGACCGAACAUUCAUUGGCACCUCUAAGGCUUUUGACAAACGUAGGAACGUGAUCCUCCGGAAUUAUGAUGAAUCCAGCAAGAUCUGGCCAAAGAAUGCGAAGCGCCCAGAGCGUGAAGAAAAGCGGGUUGGGGGUCUGGUGUUGCUACGUAGGGAGAACUUGGGUUUCCAUGCCUGUCAAGGACCACCCCCCAGAGACCCUGGCAUUGCUCGGGUACCACUUGCUGGAGCGGCAGGAGGUCCUGGGGUCGGCAGGGCAGCGGGCAGAGGAGUGCCAGCCGGUGUUCCAAUCCCCCCGGCUCCUGCUGGAUCUGCAGGCCCCGUGCGAGGGGUUGGGGGACCAUCCCAACAGGAAAUGGCUCCACAGGGAAGAGGUACUGUAGCCGCUGCCGCAGUUGCUGCUAUUGCCAUAAUUGCUGCAGCCCCCACCCGGUGCCCACCGGGACGGGGGACCCCACCCACUCCCGUGGGCGGAGCUACACCACCUCCAGGCAUCAGGGCUCCUCCACGUGGUAUGAGACCACCCAUGGGCCCACCAAUUGGGCUUCCCCCUGCCGGAGGGACGCCAAUAGGCAUUCCCCCUCCAGGAAUGAGACCCCCUCCGCCAGGUAUUAGAGGUCCCCCUCCCCCAGGAGUGUGUCCACCAGAACACAAUACUGUCAGUCCUUCUCAAGUCACUCCUUUCUCUGCGAUGUGUCCUGUGAAACUACAGACAGUGUUUGUGAGCUUUUGUGGCUACCCGCCUAUCCAUAAGGCCAGUCCUCCCCCUAGCAAUACCCGCUACAGACUAGGGCCUGUGAUCUAUUAA